AUUUCAAUUCUCUCUACACAUAACACAAACAAGACAAUUAAGCUCUUGGCUUAGGCUUACCUUAUCCUAUCCACCACCUCUUUGUGUAUAGUUUCUAGCUACUCUCUACCUCUUUAUCCUCUCUUUACCUUGAUACAAUCUCUCACAAAAUCUCUUUCCCCUAUCCACUUUUCUUAUGCAAAGUGCAGACUCUCACUUCACUUCAGUUCAACCUCUCUCUCUCUUUUUCAGGAAUCUCUUCUCCGUCUUCACCAUGUGAAAGCACUUUUAGGGUUCAUUGUUUCCCAUUCUUCUCCUUCUCAAACCUGUUAAUUAUUAUAUAUAUUUUUAGUUCAUUUUUGGGUUGUUAUUAAAUGUUUAAAUUAAGCUUGCAUGAAGUGAGCUAGAUAUCUGUAAGUUUCAUCGAUAAGUUCGACUGAAGUCAUAGAUAUUAUCGCCAAAAGAAGAGAUUGAAUCAAACUUGGGUAUUUUUGUUUUAAAGAAUUUGAACUCUUUUGAUGCACAAUGGCUCCCAAAACUGGCAAGGCAAAACCCCAUAAAGGCAAGGGAGAGAAGAAGAAGAAGGAAGAGAAAGUUUUGCCUACAGUAAUCGAGAUUCCAAUUGAAACUCCUGAUGAUUCACAAGUCACUCUCAAGGGAAUAUCAACGGACAGGAUCUUGGACGUGAGAAAGCUUUUGGGAGUUCAUGUGGAGACUUGUCAUUUGACCAAUUUCUCUUUGUCUCAUGAGGUGCGAGGAUCCAAACUCAAAGACUCAGUCGACAUCGUCUCGCUUAAACCCUGCCACCUCAGCAUCGUUGAAGAGGACUACACGGAAGAACAAGCGGUUGCUCACAUUCGUCGACUUCUCGACAUCGUCGCCUGCACCAACAGCUUCGGCCCGUCGCCGAAACCUGCCGCCCGGUCCAGUAACGCUUUGAAGGAGUCCGGUUUAGUCGAGAACGAUGCUUCGGUUCAGAAAUCCGGUUCUUCUGACAACAAGAAAGCUUCCAGUGCCGGCGUCGCCGUCGGACAGGUGGCGAAUAAUGGAAAGGACGGGGCGGAGAAUGCUGCGGAUAAAUCCGACGAGGUGUCGAUGUGUCCGCCGCCGAGACUCGGCCAGUUCUACGAUUUCUUCUCGUUCUCGAACCUUACUCCGCCGCUGCAAUACAUCCGAAGAUCCACGCGGCCAUUUCUUGAGGAUAAAACGGAUGAUGAUUUCUUUCAAAUUGAUGUUCGAGUAUGCAGUGGGAAGCCGAUGACAAUUGUUGCUUCCCGGAAGGGCUUCUACCCUGCUGGAAAGCAUCUCCUUCUUUUUCAUUCUUUGGUUAGUUUGCUGCAGCAGAUAAGCAGGGUUUUUGAUGCCGCGUACAAAGCCCUAAUGAAAGCUUUUACUGAGCACAACAAAUUCGGCAACCUUCCUUAUGGUUUUCGGGCGAACACAUGGGUUGUCCCUCCUGUUGUUGCUGAUAACCCGGCUGUUUUCCCACCACUUCCGGUGGAAGAUGAAAAUUGGGGAGGAAGUGGGGGUGGGCAGGGAAGAGAUGCUAAGCAUGAUAACAGGCAGUGGGCAAAAGAAUUUGCAAUUUUGGCCGCAAUGCCUUGUAAAACUGCAGAAGAGAGGCAAAUUCGAGAUCGGAAAGCCUUUCUACUUCACAGUUUAUUUGUCGACGUUUCACUUUUCAAAGCUGUUGCAGCUAUCAAGAACCUCAUUGACUGUGAUCAAAACUCUUUAAAUGAUCCUGCCACUUCAAUUUCACAUGAGGAAAGAGUUGGAGAUUUAGUUAUUAAGGUGACAAGAGAUGUGUCUGAUGCAAGUGUAAAAUUGGAUUGUAAAAAUGAUGGGAGCCAGGUCCUUGAUAUAUCAGAAGAAGACCUCUCUCAGAGAAACUUACUAAAAGGCAUAACAGCCGAUGAGAGUGCAACUGUUCAUGAUACUUCUACUUUAGGUGUAGUUAUUAUUAGGCAUUGUGGUUACACAGCAGUUGUAAAAGUUUCGACAGAGGUAAAUUGGGGGGGAAGUCCUAUUCCACAGGACAUUGAUAUAGAGGACCAACCUGAAGGUGGUGCAAAUGCCUUGAACGUGAACAGCUUGAGAAUGCUGUUGCACAAGUCAUCCUCUCCUCAAUUCACUAGUACAUUUCAGCGAUCUCAAAGUGCAGAUUUUGAGAAUGUACGGUCUGCUAGGUCAUUGGUGCGGAAAGUAAUGGAGGAUAGUUUGUUGAAGUUGCAGGAAGAACCCUCUAAACACACUAGAUCUAUUAGAUGGGAGCUAGGAGCAUGUUGGGUGCAACAUUUACAAAAUCAGGCUUCGGGGAAGAAUGAUUCUAUGAAAACUGAAGAACCUAAGCUUGAGCCAGCUGUUAAGGGUCUUGGGAAGCAAGGGGCACAGCUCAAGGAUAUAAAGAAGAAAACAGAUGCCAGAAUCAGCAAAACUGAAAAGGGCAAGGAGUUUCCAGCAGAUAACAGCCUUGACACAAACAAGAACUCCGAUACCCUUAAUCAGAAGGAACUGGAGAAAAGGGAUGAGGAAACGGAAAAGAUGUGGAAAAAUCUGCUGCCUGAAGCUGCAUAUUUGCGUCUUAAAGAAUCAGAAACGGGUCUCCACCUCAAGUCACCUGAUGAGUUGAUCGAAAUGGCACAUAAAUAUUAUGCUGAUACUGCUCUUCCAAAACUGGUGGCAGAUUUUGGCUCCCUUGAACUUUCACCAGUCGAUGGAAGGACAUUGACAGAUUUUAUGCACACCAGAGGUCUGCAAAUGUGCUCCUUGGGGCGUGUGGUUGAACUUGCUGACAAGCUCCCUCAUGUGCAAUCACUAUGUAUACAUGAGAUGGUUGUUCGAGCUUACAAACACAUAUUGCAAGCUGUUGUAGCAGCUGUUGAUAAUGUUGCUGACUUGGCUGCGUCGAUAGCAUCAUGUUUGAAUAUACUGUUAGGAACGCCUUCAACUGAAAAUGCCGAUGCAGAUAUCACUAAUGACGACAUGUUAAAAUGGAAAUGGGUUGAAACCUUCCUUUUGAAGAGGUUUGGACGGUGUUGGAAGAAUGAAAGCUGCCAGGAUCUGAGAAAAUUUGCUAUUCUUCGAGGGUUAUCCCACAAGGUUGGGCUUGAGCUUGUUCCCAGGGACUAUGAUAUGGACACUGCAUAUCCUUUUCGGAAGUCGGAUAUCAUAAGUAUGGUUCCUGUAUAUAAGCACGUUGCAUGUUCAUCUGCAGAUGGUCGUACUCUGUUAGAAUCAUCCAAGACUUCAUUGGAUAAAGGUAAAUUGGAGGAUGCUGUCACUUAUGGCACUAAGGCACUCUCAAAACUUGUCUCGGUAUGUGGUCCUUAUCAUCGAAUGACAGCAGGAGCAUAUAGUCUCCUGGCUGUAGUGCUGUACCAUACUGGGGAUUUUAACCAGGCAACCAUUUACCAACAAAACAUUGGAUAUAAAUGAAGAGAACUUGGACUUGAUCAUCCUGACACAAUGAAGUAUGGGGACUUAGCUGUGUUCUACUAUCGGCUUCAACAUACAGAGUUAGCCUUGAAGUAUGUCAAUCGUGCUCUUAUCUCUUGCUUGACUUGUGGUCCUUCUCAUCCAAAUACUGCUGCCACCUAUAUUAAUGUGGCAAUGAUGGAAGAAGUUGGGAAUGUCCAUGUUGCUCUUAGGUACCUCCUGAACUCUGAAGUGUAACCAAAGAUGCUUGGAGCUGAUCAUAUACAGACUGCCGCCAGCUACCAUGCCAUAGCAAUUGCUCUCUUGGUGGAAGCAUACUCCUUGAGUGUUCAGCAUGAACAAACUACCCUCCAAAUACUGCACCAACUCGGGUCUGAGGAUCUACGAACACAGUAGCAUCAAUUUGAUGCUGCUGCAUGGCUUGAAUACUUUGAGUCUAAGGCUUUGGAGCAGCAAGAAGCAGCACGCAAUGGUACCCCAAAACCAGAUGCCUCAAUCUCGAGCAAAGGUCAUUUAAGUGUUUCAGACCUUUUGGAUUAUAUAACCCCAGAUGCAGAUAUGAAGGCGAGAGAAGCCCAAAGGAAAGCUCGUACAAAGGUUAAAGGCAAACCAGGCCAAACCUGGGAAACUACCUCAGAUGAAUAUCAGAAGGAUGAAAUUUUGUCUCCAACUGCUCCUGCUGUAGAGAAUUCAAGUGAUAAAGAGAACAAAUCUGAAGCUCAAUUUGCAGAAACUAAGAAUGAGAAAUCUGAUUCAAGUAUUCCAGAUCAAUCAAUAUUGAUUAAAAAUGAUGACCUGGCACAAGAUGAUAAUUCAGAUGAAGGAUGGCAGGAAGCUGUUCCUAAGGGUCGUUCACUUACUGGUCGCAAAUCAUCUGGUUCAAGGAGGCCAAGCUUAGCAAAACUGAAUACUAACUUCAUGAAUGUAUCUCAGUCAACAAGAUAUCGAGGAAAGCCCACUAAUUUCACAUCCCCAAAACAAAUCCCGAAUGAAUCUGCUGGAUCUAAUCUUCCUGUUUCCAAGAAGUUUGUUAAAAGUGCAAGCUUCAGUCCAAAGCUAAACAGUGCAAGCCCCUCCACCAGUGGAACUGAGAAAUCAACUCCAGCUAGCCCAGCUUCCAGUGAUCAACUUGCCACGUCUGGCCCUGCAGCUAGUCCAAUUAGUGUUAAAGUAGCUGGAAAACUUUUCUCGUACAAAGAAGUUGCUUUGGCCCCUCCAGGGACAAUUGUGAAGGUAGUGACUGAACAGUUACCAAAAGAGAAUCUUGCAACAGAACCAAGUUCUCAGGUCAGUCAGGAGGCAGCUAUGUUAGAAAUCACCCCAGGUGAUGAGACAGGCGUAAAUGUUAAAGAGGAAGAGAAAGUUAAGACGUCUGUAGGAGAGAAACAGCUUCAGGUCUCUGAGGAAGAAAUGAAAUGCUGUGUGAAUGAAGAAGAAAAGACAGAAGUCAGAGAUUCAGUGGAAUCUGAAUCCCUGGAGGCAAAAAAGGGUGCUGCUUCUGAAGACUUGGAAGCGGAUGCUGAAAAAGCAGCUGCAGUUGCUCAAAAAGAAGCUGCAGUUGAAACCACAAAAGUAGAAGCUGGAAAUGAAGUUUUGAGAUCUGAGAAUUCAGAUGCUUCGAAGAAUUUAUAUAGCAUUACUUCCAAAACAGAAGUAUUGAAGACAGGAGAAGUGGAAGGAUGCCAAGCAGCCUCUCCUGAUCUUGAGCCUCAAUCCAUUUCAAGUGAAAAAAUAACUUUGCAGCCAGCGGAAGAUGCUUCUGUUCCCAAAGAAGUGACAGAUGAAAACUCAAAGGAUCUACCCAAUGGUGACAUUAGUGCUAAACCAUUGACAACUGAAGGAGAAAAGCAAGAUGAAGUUGAGACCGUAAAGGAAAUGACCAAGAAACUUUCUGCUGCUGCACCACCAUUUAAUCCCUCAACAAUUCCAGUCUUUGGCUCAGUCCCAGUUCCUGGUUUUAAAGAUCAUGGAGGAAUUCUUCCUCCACCAGUAAAUAUACCUCCAAUGCUUACUGUUAAUCCUAUCCGUAGAUCACCUCACCAGUCAGCUACAGCUAGAGUUCCUUAUGGCCCAAGGCUCUCUGGUGGCUAUAAUAGAUCCGGAAAUCGGGUUCCACGUAACAAACAUAGUUUCCAUAAUGGUGAACAUACUGGCGAAGUGAAUCACUUCAGUCCUCCAAGAAUAAUGAACCCACAUGCGGCUGAGUUUGUACCUGGCCAACCUUGGGUUCCCAAUGGCUAUCCGGUUUCACCAAAUGGUUAUCUGGCUUCUCCAAAUGGCAUGCCCGUGUCUCCAAAUGGUUUCCCUCUAUCCCCAAAUGGUGUUCCAGUAAUGCCAAAUGGACAUCCAGCUUCACCAAAUGGUGUGCCAAUGACUCAAAAUGGAUUUCCUGCAUCUCCUGUUGGUUCUGUAGAAUCGCCUACUAUUUUAACUGUCGAUGUUGGAGCUGAAAGCAACACUGAGUCUGCAGGAGAGGAGAACUCCUCAAUGGAAAUUAAAGAUGAAAAACAGCCAAUUGAGCUAAAACCUCUCGAAGAUCAAUCUGUACAUGAUGAAAGCACUCAUCCUGUAAUUGAAGAAAAUGCAACAAACAUAUCACCAGUAACUAGCGACACUGUUUUGGCAAAAGAAACUUGCAGUGACAAACGCCUCGAGGAAAAACAAAGCAAGUGUUGGGGAGAUUACAGUGACAGUGAAGCUGAGACAGUUGAGGUUACAAGUUGAGGAAGGGUUAUUAAUUUUUUUUUAAAUACAAAGUGAUCUGUUCACUGUGAGAAAUGUAUAGCUGUGAGAAACAAGAGGCUAUAGGUAACAUGGAAUUGCAGGACACCGGGUAACCACGGAAAGUUUAAUUCUGUUGUGAAGUUUAUGACAUGAUUUUCUCUAGACCCGGGCAAUAUGAAGACGUUUUGAUAGAUAUUUCGGUUUUGCUGCAGUGAGGAAAAAGAUUGUUGAUAGGUUGGUAUAUGAAAGAAAAUUAAGAAACAGACCAUGACCAUAGAAGGAUCGUUUGAGUAGGUCGCUGGUGACUUCAUGUCCUUACAUUUUAUUCUUUUCAUUAAUGGAAACAAUAAUGAACUUGAAGAUUUUGUACUUUCUGUGUUGUACUUUUAGGAUCAGACUGAUCGAUGACUGCAUUGGAGGUAUGCAAUAAUAAUUUUCAGUUUCUUGCCUUAAGCUAAAUACAGUUCUGAUAUCCAAUUUGAAUGCCUGUUUCAAUUUCUGAUGCUAAUGUGAUUGGAAGUGCUUUUGGUAUUG